AUGACGGAGCCUGCUCUCCAAGAGCAGGAGGACCUUGGCUCCAAGCACCUGGGCGCAGAUGUCAGAGGCAGUUUCCAGAUCCUCACCUCCAGGGAGCACCUGGCUGCACCUUCUCCACAGCACAGCUCUGUACAACAGGCUGAGACGCGCCGGCCCCGCACCAGCCGCACUGCUCGAGCCCCCCCCCUCUCCUUUCUUCUCUCUGCAUUCAGCUCGGCUGUCGGGGGAAGGCUGGGUGCCAGCUUGGCUGUGGGGGGAAGGCUGGGUGCACGUGAGCUGAGACGUAAGAACGGGGUGCCUGUGCGGGGUGAGCCUGGGAAUGGACGCCUUCGUCACCUCGGAACUCCAGCAGAGAAUGCCUCGUCUGUGCGCGUCACAGAGGUGCAUUCGGGGUUCGAGAACACGGGGUUCAGGGGCUCUCGCAGGGCAUUUGCAGAGAGAAAGAAGCACUUCCCGGCUUUGAGCAGAGGAGAGCGCGACUUCCUCAAGAUGCCGACAACACGCAGGAGAAAGGACUCGGAAGAAGUCCAGCCCCUUUCAGAGAAGGCCAGAGAGAAGCUGGUCGACGUGGAGCUCCGGAGGCUACGGCAGCAGUUCCGGAAAAUGGUGGAGAGCAGGAAGGCCUUCAGCUUCCGGUCGCAGCAGAGGAUGAAGCAGCAGCACAAAGAAAUCAAGAAGCUGCAGGAGGAGCAGAACGAGGUCACCCUGCUGCUGAAUAUCAUCAGAUCCUCCAAGAACUUGGACCUGAACGAGAAGAACUCUGCGGAGGUGCAGUUCCUGCUGCAAACCAAGGAGGACUACGAGUCUCUGAUCCAUUCCAUGCGGCAGCUGCUGGCGGAGCUGGACGAGAAGAUUGCUCAGAUGGAAAAAAAAAUUACAGCCCAAAAGCAGGUCUUCAGCAAAAUGCAGAAGGCCAAUAACCCCCAGAAACUGCAGAAGCAGGUCCACACCUUGGAAACCCGUUUGAAUCUUGUCACUGUCCAGUUCGAUAAGAUGCUGACCUCGAACGCGCAGCUCCGGGAGAAGAUCGAGGACCUCCGAUUUGAGAAGGCCGCUUACGACCAUGUCUACCAGCAGCUGCGCCAGCGCCUGCUCCUGCAGAAGAAAACCAUGAACGUGGCCGUCGAGCAGUCUGCGCAGGCCUAUGAGCAGAGGCUGGAGGCCAUGGCGCGCAUGGCUGUCAUGAAGGACCGGCAGCAGAAGGACAUCUCUCAGUACAACCUGGAGAUCCGCGAGCUGGAGCGCAUAUACGCCCACGAGAACAAGCUCAAGUCCUUCCUGCUGCUCAAGCUCAACGAGCGCUCGGAGUUCGAGGAACAGGUCCACAGGGAGGAAGAUCGCAAGACCCAGAAGUAUGGGAAGAACAAGGGUGAAAGUUUCGAGAGUUACGAGGUGGCCCAUCUCCGGCUGCUGAAGCUGUCUGGGCAUGGGAACCUGGACCAGCUCAUUCAGGAAUUUGUGUCCAAGGAAGAGAAGAACUUUGCCAGGUUUACCUACAUCACAGAGCUUAACAACGACAUGGAGAUGAUGCAGAAGAGGACACACAGUAUCCAGGACGAUAUCAUCUCCUUACGAACCCAGCAGAAGUACUCCCACGAAGACAGCCACUCCAUCCUGAGGGAGCUGCAGGAGAAGCUGAAGAAGACCACGGAGGAGGCGGACCAGUAUGAGAAGAGCGCGAAGGAAGUUGCCCAGAUCCUGGACCACCUCAAGGUGGCGGUGGACUGUCUGUUCAAGAAGAUCAAGUGUGACGCCUCCAAGAUCCUGGGCCAGCUUGGGGAGACGGGCCAGGUCACCAAUGCCAACCUCCCGCAGUACUUUGCCAUCAUUGAGAAGAAGACCAACGAGCUGCUGCUGCUAGAGGCCCACAGACGCCUCCUGGACAUGCAGGCCCUGGCGGGCGAGGCCCCGCCCGCCUUUGCCAACCCGUUCUGGGGGGCUGCUGCCCUCCUCAGGACUGCAGAAGCCAUCAAAGUGACACCCCCGGCCCUGCCGCUGGACACCCUGGGCGAGAAACUGGAUGAGAUGGAGCGACCGCUGGACCACAAGAGCCUGCAGCAGCUGGUCCUGGAUGGCAGCAAAGCCAAGGACGCGCGGCCUGCAGUCCCCAACAAUGCGGCCGACAAGGGGGAGCUGAAGAAGAAGGGCUAG